GAUGGACUGCUGUACCUAUAGGAAAAUGCACCCACUGGGCACCUGCAUGGAACCACAUGCAGGGGCGGACUGACAACUCAUGGGGCCCCCGAGCAAUAGGGGAUCAUGGGGCCCCUGUGUCCUUGCCCAAACUCAAAAAAGCCUAUGAAAAAGGUACCAGGGGCAUCUCAUGGGGCCCCCUACUGACCCCGGGCCCUCGGGCAGUGCCCGAGUUUCCAAAUGGUCAGUCCGCCCAUGCCCCAAGGUGUUUACAUUGUGCAGGCGAAUGUUCCCAUGUGCAUGAG